GGCUCUUUCCAUAGUGCGUCUGCCCGUUUGUGUGUGUGCGCUUAUAUGCGUGUUGCGUUGGAAUACGCUUUAGAGGUUUGAUCGAGACAAACUAAAACAACACAAAAGAUAAAGUUAAAUCCUUAUUAUCUAAAAACAGAUUUUAAGAUUUUUGACUGAGCAAGAAAAUAAAUACAAAUAAACCCUAUGUAGAAACAUUGAGAGCAAGCAAGCUACAUGUUUGAUCUCAUUUACACGCAUUACUUCUUUCUUCCCGUCAGUCAAAAGUGAAGUGAGGUUUGAAUGAGGGCGGGGGUGGCAUCUCCACAGAAGAUUAGAAACGUGCAUAUUUCCAUGCCCCCCCCCCCCCCCCCAUGGAGAUCUGUAUCUUUGGUGUUGUUUUCAAGAACAGCAUGACAUAAGAUCAGGAAUAGUCCUCGGAGACAUGCUCUGCUCUGAUAGAACCUCCAAUGCUUCAUUUGAAGGUUUGAAUAGAGCCUCUCUUUAACCCUUGUGUUGCCUUCGGGUCAAUUUGACCCGAUUCAAUGUUUCACCCUCCUGUCGCCUUCGGGUCAAUAUGACCCGAUUCAAUGUUUAACCCUCCUGUUACCUUUAUAUUUACUAACAUAUUUUACCCUUGAGGUCAAUAUGACCCCAGCUAUUAAAAUCUCCAGAAAAUUAUUAGAAUUAAUAUUGUUUUCCAAGUUUAAGUGUGAGGUACUUUAUGUUUGUUUGUUGACUCCCGAAAGAACACCGACAUUAAACAUUGAAUCGGGUCAAAUUGACCCGAAGGCGACAGGAGGGUUAAAUAUUGAAUCGGGUCAAAAUGACCCGAAGGCAACACAAGGGUUAAUAAGGUCUCCCGUCUGCUCAACACAGAACAUUAUGCGUUGACAGCUCACCGGUUCUACCGGCGGCAACUUCUGAGUCAUUGUGUCCGGCAUUGGGCUCCACUUAACUAUUCAAAAAGUGCAGCACAGUCAAUCAAAUUAGAAAUAUAUUGCUAGAAAGACAGCUGAAAGAGUAACUCGAGGCUAACUUUUCUCAUGAAAGCAAGAUGCAAGUCUUGAGGGGUGGGGGGGUUUGAGAGUCUGGCCAAACAAUUUAAAUUGCCGCCCCCCCCCCCCUCUAUUAGGAUUUUAGUCAAAAAUAGAACUGUGACGUAUAAUAAUAAUAAGAAUUCAUAAUAAUAGUAAUUAAAGACUUAUUCGAAAGUGGCCGGCUCUUUGUGCCUCGAUAUCAAAUGCUACCCGUGAGCUGGGGGGUUCAGAGAGUCCUUGUGAAGGUUUUGCUUUACAUGAUGAUGUCCGGUCACUUUGAAGCUUCUCCUCAUAUCUCACAGAAAUGUUGUUGGUUUACUCGUUGCUAUCUGUUGUACCUUGCACGUCGCUCCUGCGGUAUUCCUGUGACUACAGUUUUCAAAUGAUCCGCCAAAACUGCUUCACAGAGUCUCGAUAUCAAAGCUGUAAUAUCUUCAAAGGCAUGAAAGAAAAGAAAAUGUUAUCAAGUGGUUGAAUAUAUAAAAUAACUCAACAUAGCCUAAAUUACUCACACUUGUAUCUCAAGAUGUUUACACAAUGCUAAAUUCAUAAUAUAAAACAAAAGAAAGGACCCUAAAAGCAGAUAUUGUCUGUUAUUUUUGACAUGGGAUUUUUCUAUAUUUUGUAGUCUAAUUGUAGUAAUAUUUAAUUUAUGCUUUUUCAAAUUAGAAGUUAAUAUUAGAGAUGUCAUAUGAUAAUACUUGUGGUAAUUGUGAUCAUAAACUUAAAAGAUAACAAUAUUAUUAUUAAUAUAUAUAUAUAUAUUUGUCUUUUCUUUAUAUAAAGAUGAAAGGAAAGAGUAGACCGAAGGGGCAAAAAGACAAAAAAAAGAGCUGAAAGAGAUAAUAAUAAAAUUAAAAAUUAAAAUUAAAUUAAAAUCUUCAACUGGUGUAAUCUAUUACUGUCAUGUGUUGCCAGUUAUGCGUCACAUUUCAAAUACCAGUUAGUAAUAGACAGAAUUCUGUACGCUAAACUACAUUUCUUGAUCUACAACCCGGCUCCAUCAAUUAGCGUUAGCCUACAUAUUUAACCCUAUUCCACAUCCCUCAGGGGUCCGAGACCCGACUGCAAAUCAGCGAUGUGGACGUCUCUCUUGCAGGAGUUUUAUCCGCGGUGGUGCUUCUUGGAUACGGUGAAGCGGGGCUAUUAUGCGCCAGCUUGAGGGGGCAAAAUGCAGCUUCCUGUUGUGCACGGGGAUGAGUAUCAUCAUCUGUUUAGUUAUUUACAUGAGGGCCAGGAUGCCAACAGAGCCCAAGCUGCUAGAGCCUCCAAGUUGCAGGCCCUUCGCCACCGAAUGUAGCGCGUUACUGCCCGGCAUGGAGGACGGAGUGGGGCGGUAUCGCCGCGACUGCCAGGUGGAAAGCUAUAUUCUCAACAGUCGCAUGCAGUGUUCCAAAUUGAUCAGAGACCUCCACUUCAUCACGAGGCCUCUGAGUCGGGAGGAGGAGGACUACCCUUUAGCUUUCAUUGUGACUGUUCACAAGGAGCUGGAGCUUUUUGUGCGCCUGCUGCGGGCCGUAUACAUGCCGCACAACGUCUACUGCAUCCACGUGGACAACAAGGCGUCGUCGGAGUACAAGGCGGCUGUGCUGAAGCUGGUCGGCUGCUUUGAAAACACCUUCCUAUCCAGCCGCAGCGAGACGGUGACGUACGGUGGCUUCUCCCGCCUGCAGGCGGACUUCAACUGCAUGAGGGAUCUAGCAGAGUCCCGGGUGGGCUGGAGGAAGGUGGUGAAUCUGUGCGGACAGGAUUUCCCCGUCAAGAGCAACCUGGAACUGGUGCGCUACAUGCGGAGCAAAGUGUGGCGGGACCGAAACAUGACGCCCGGGGUCAAGCAGCCGGCGUCUAUGAGGCACCGGACACAGCUCCAGCACAGGGAGAUAAUGGGCUCACAUGUGGCUCUGACGGGGUCGGGACUGAAGAAAGGCCCGCCUCCGCACAAUCUGCAGGUUUAUUUUGGAACGGCGUACUACGCUCUCACGAGGGAUUUUGUAGACUUUGUUCUGAGGAGCCCAAUCGCCCGGGACCUCCUGGAGUGGUCCAAAGACACGUUCAGCCCAGACGAGCACUACUGGGUGACACUCAGUCACAUCAAAGAAGCUCCAGGCAGCCAUCUAGCUGGAGGUUGGGAAGGAGACGUCCGGUCAAUCAAGUGGAGGGAUCAAGAGGGAAUGACACACAAAGGCUGCAAAGCCUACCUCAUCCUCGUCCUCUCUCCGAUGACAAAAAGACAUCGUGUGCCUCUUCCUCUUUGUUUUAUCUUUGACUUUGGCUCCAGACAGGAUUACAGAACUACUCACUUGCAAAGGAAGCACAAGAUUCACUCAGCAAAAGAUGAUAAAGGGACAGAUAUGAAGGGCGUAUCUCCUCUGACGUAUUCUUCAGUGUCUCGUGUCCCGUGUCGCAUGUCCCGUGUCUCGUGUCCCGUGUGUCCCAUGUGUCCCGUGUCCCAUGUCCUGUGUCCCAUGUGUCCGGUGUCCUGUGUCUCGUGUGUCCCGUGUCUCGUGUGUCGUGUCCCGUGUCUCGUGUCUCAUGUCCCCCGUGUCUCGUGUCCCCCGUGUCUCGUGUCCCGUGUCCCGUGUCUCGUGUGUCCCGUGUGUCCCGUGUGUCCGGUGUCUCGUGUCCCCCGUGUCUCGUGUCCCGUGUCCCGUGUCUCGUGUGUCCCGUGUCCUGUGUCUCGUGUGUCCCGUGUCUCGUGUGUCCCGUGUCUCGUGUGUCCCGUGUGUCCCAUGUCCUGUGUCUCGUGUGUCCCGUGUGUCCCUUGUCUCGUGUGUCCCGUGUCUCGUGUGUCUCGUGUCUCCCGUGUCUCGUGUCCCAUGUCCUGUGUCUCGUGUCCCGUGUCUCGUGUGUCCCGUGUGUCCCGUGUCUCGUGUGUCCCGUGUGUCCGGUGUCCUGUGUGUCUCGUGUCCCGUGUCUCUCGUGUGUCCCGUGUCUCGUGUCUCGUGUGUCCCGUGUCUCGUGUGUCCCGUGUGUCCCGUGUCUCGUGUGUCCCGUGUGUCCGGUGUCCUGUGUCUCGUGUACCCCGUGUCCCGUGUCCCAUGUCCUGUGUCUCGUGUGUCCCGUGUCUCGUGUGUCCCGUGUCUCGUGUGUCCCUUGUCUCGUGUGUCCCUUGUCUCGUGUGUCUCGUGUCUCCCGUGUCUCGUGUCCUGUGUCUCGUGUGUCCCGUGUCUCGUGUGUCUCGUGUCCCGUGUGUCUCGUGUCCCGUGUGUCUCGUGUCCCAUGUCUCCCGUGUGUCUCGUGUCCCCCGUGUCCCGUGUCUCGUGCCCCGUGUCUCGUGUCCCGUGUCCGUUUUAAAAUGACCUUUUACAGGUUAAAGAUAACAAAUAGAAGUGUUAUCUAACAAUGUGAGGCGAAAAAACCCUGCAGACUUGAUAUAUAAUAUACAAGUAAAGACUAAUAUUGUCGUCGUCAUGUGUUCCAGGGCAUUAUGUACGAGACAUCUGCAUCUAUGGCGUGGAAGACCUGCCGUGGAUCAUCGACAGGAACAGCAUGUUCGCCAAUAAGUUUG